AUAUUAUCAGAUUUCUUUUUAUUUUUUUUAUUUUUUUAGCAUUAUGAUGAUGAAGCUGGACCAUGACAAUGCGCGCCGUGUGUGUCUGACGUAGGCUGGCGGAGGAGAAAAACACAGACAACCCUCCAACACUGAGAGACAGGAGGGGGAGAAAAGGAAAAUAUCUAAGAGGAGAAACAGCGGACGGUUGUUUUCACACACGGAGGCUGAGCAAUAAUGUCUGAUGAGCGGACUGAGGAUGCACAAUAGAGCAUCUCACACACCGUGUUUAAUUGCGGAUUAGAAGAGGAGGGGGGGAGGAGGAGGAGGAAGGAGGAAGGAGGAGGGAGAAGCACAACAAGGAAGGGAAGGAGACGCUCUUUAUUAUUAGGAGAAAAGCGGAGGGGGUGAGACAGAGACAGCGUGAGCCGGGAGACGGCACAGACCGUGGCGGGGGGGACGGGAGAGAGGAGGACACCGACACCGACAGUCGGCAGCGUCGCUCGGAUGCUGUUGUUGUUGCUGCUCCGGACGCGGCGACGAUGCGGCCACACUGCUGGGUGAUGGUAGCGCUGGCGGGGAUCAUGUCGUACUUCAGCCCGGAGAGAGCCCUCGGAGCCCCGCAGAGGGAAGUUUCUCAGACCAGGGCUGCAUCCCUCUCUCCUCCACCUUACGUCGUCAUCCUCAUCUCUUGCUCGGGGCUCGUCUCUUUUGUUCUGCUGCUCCUCACCUGCCUGUGCUGUAAGAGGGGAGGAGUGGGAUUCAAUGAGUUUGACAAUGCCGACGGGGAGGAGUGCUCCGGAGGAUCCAGUCCCAUCCAGGAGGACAGCCUUUCGUCAUGUCCUUCCCUACCAGAGGUCUACACCUUACCAGUCAGAGACAGGCCCAACUGCCCCGCCCUGCAGGACGGAGCAGACUCCAAGUCUCAGUGCUUCAAAAGACACACUUUAAACUACCUUCAGGAGAUAGGAAAUGGCUGGUUCGGAAAAGUGAUCCUGGCUGAAGUGCUGUGUGACUGCAGCUCCUCUCAGGCCGUGGUGAAGGAGCUGCGUGUCAGCGCCAGCCCUCUGGAGCAGAGGAAGUUCUUGGCCGAGUCUGAGCCGUACAGGAGCCUCAAACAUCCCAACAUUCUUCAGUGUUUGGGGCAGUGCAGUGAAAGCAUCCCUUUCCUCCUGGUUAUGGAGUUCUGUCAGCUGGGUGACCUGAAGAGGUAUCUGCGAGCCCAGCGCAAGUCAGACGGCAUGACCCCUGACCUGCCGACCCGGGAUCUGUUGACUCUCCAGAGAAUGGCUUUUGAGAUCACCUCAGGCCUGCUGCAUCUCCAUGAAAACAACUACAUCCACAGUGAUCUGGCUUUAAGAAACUGCCUGCUGACCUCAGACCUCACUGUUAGGAUAGGCGACUACGGCCUUUCUCACAACCAUUACAAGGAGGACUAUUACCUAACUCCGGACAAGCUAUGGAUCCCACUGCGCUGGAUCGCUCCUGAGCUGCUGGAGGAGUACAGAGGAUCUCUCAUUGUUACCGACCAAACCAAGACCAGCAAUGUGUGGUCCUUGGGGGUGGUUAUUUGGGAGCUGUUCGAGUUUGGCUCUCAGCCCCACAGACACCUGAGCGAUGAAGAGGUGUUGACCUUCGUCAUCAGGGAGAGACAGAUCACACUGGCCCAGCCCAGACUCAAACUCUCCCAUGCAGAUUACUGGUAUGAGAUCAUGCAGUCCAGCUGGUUACCUCCAUCUCAACGCCCUUCUGUAGCUGAGAUAUUCCUCCUCCUCUCCUCACUCUUGGCCGCUGAGCGAGGUAUGGCAAGGGGGAGUGUCGGGGAAGAGGAUGAAGAGGAUGAAGAAUAUGAGGAGGGCAGAGGGAGGAGAGGGGAGAGCGAGGAGUCGUUUGAAAGACGCUGGGACUUACUCCGUCCACCUGCCUUCCAGGCUGCAGCAAAUGAGCGGCAGAGGGAGAGAGAGUACAGCAGGGAUGACAGAGACAACUCCUACCCUCUACUGGACCCCGUGGGGAACUGUAUCACCCCGUCCUCGUCGGAACUGGACGACAUCCUGACAGUCACUGAAACUAGCAAAGGCUUGAACUUUGAGUAUUUCUGGGAGAAGGCGCAUGCCAGACGAGGCUACAAACCUCUCCCCCCUCCUCAGCCAAUCCCGACUGUGAACAAUAACCACAGACAGUCCUUGGAUACUCCCACUGUGGUCCCAGUGAUCAGUGCACGCAGCCCCUCCCUUGCCAGUGAAUACUACAUCAGAUUAGAGGAGCACACUCCCCAGGACAAGUCCCCAACUCUUAAAGGGAAGACACAGUCCUCUUUUAGGUCUGACUCGAUUUGCCCUGGAGACAUGGAGCUGGUGGAGAUUCGUAGUGGUCUACUGGGAAAAGAGCGCGUACCUUAUUGUUCCUCUGACAAGUGCGGAGGUGGAAAAGGAAUCCAGACCAUCCGAUCGAGCGAGGUUAAACUCCAGGUACCCAACACAGGUUUGGCGGAAUUCAGAGACACUUCAAGCAGAGUGACUGACUUCUCAGUAGUCGAUUUAGGGGACGAUGAAGAAGAGGAGAAGAAAAAGAGCAGUGAGGUGGAUAGAAAAUCAUCCACAAGUUCUCAAGCCCCAGUCCUCCCUCCCAAGCCUCGCUCCAUGUCCAUGUCAUCAGCCAACCACCUUCACUCGCGCCCCCUCCCCGCCCCUCCACUCGGAUAUAGAGGACUUCCUCACUACACCAUCAGUGGAAAAAUCGAGACAGACCCUCAUCAUAUGAGCAGCUGCCCCCCUUCUACCUUUGAUCACCUGGGGCUCCAUCGGUCCCGACAGACUCUACCCCCAUCCCCGUCCCUCUCCCCCUCCCUGCCCCCAUCGAGCCAUCCCAUUUACCCUUCAUCUCAAAUGUGUCCUCCGCCUCUCCCUCCCCACUCCAAACCACAAAGAAGUUGCCCAAGCUACAACACAGCUGACACUUUUUCAAGAUACAGUAAGCCGCAAAUGCAGAGACCCCUUAGAGACCCACUAUCCUGUGACUUGUCUGACAGAGAGGGUGUUACCAGGCACGUAGCAUCAUCGCACAACUCCAAGGAGACCUCUCACUCACGUGCAAAAGACUUUGACUCUCCUGUUCGUCGAGAAAACCCCUUGCGCCCUAUUUAUCGCAAUUUACCCCGUCCUCAGCCCCAGAUUGAAAGGCAGUCAUCAUCCAGUCCCACCUACUCAGAUGAGGACGACUCUCCCUUCAUGUCCCCUGAGAAACCCAGCAGUGGGACCACUGUCACUCAUUCCAGCCUAUCUGAAGAUGCAGACCCAGUGGCCUCGGAGUUCUUUUCCAGGGGAAUGAAAAGGACCCAGUCACGCCUCGACACCAUCCUGCCCGCCAUUUGGAAGGAAGAUGCUGAACUUCAGGCAGAACGUGUAGCCGCUGCCAAGAAAUCCCCCAUGCAUCUGUUUCUGACAGAGAUAUCUAGCGUGACAGAGUCUGGUGACCCAAAAACAGAGGCCUCAUGGAAGGGAGAGAAGGAGGAGAGAAGAGAUGGAGAGAGAUGGGGGAACUUUGUGCUGUCCAACAGAGGGAUGCGCCGCUCCCAGUCGCUCAUCACAGAGCUGGGCUCAGCAGGACAGUCAUGGGGGCCAGAGAAACACAGCAACAGCACAGAACCUGAGGAGGAAAAUACAGUCACUAAAGGACCUUUGCAGAGAGAUCUUUUUCUCACAGAGAUUGAUACAGGAGGGAUGGACACAGAUGUGGAGGGAGGAUCAGAGAGUGACCCUGUGAAAUACCUCUAUCCUGCAGGAUCCAGAUUGCGGCCCUAUGUCUGCGCUCCAGGCCUUCCCUCGUACACUGAAGCUGAGGAAGCCUAUUCCAAAGGUAUACGGAGGUCCCGCUCCCUCCUCUCUGAGAUCACCAUCGGGAAGCAGGAGUCUGAACUACAGCAGACGGAGAAGGAGCCGCGGAGAACAGAAAUGACCAGAGAGGAGUUCCUAAAGGAGAUCCAAUCAGCAGAGACCUUUCUGACGGAAAUCAUAUCUCGACAAAACGCUGCAGCAAACAGGAAGGAAGCGGAAUCAUCUUACUCCCCUACUCCACUGUCCCCUGAAUAUGAGUCCAUUUGCAUCGACCCCAACUCAACUCAGACCAUCAGAUUCCAGUCAGAGAGCUCCAUACGAGCAUCCAACAAAGGAAAAGAUGACACACAAACUGAGGCCAUCUAUGCCCAAGUGACCAAGCGUGCUAAAAAGAGUGAGAUAAAAGUCUCCACAAGACCCGAGAUCCCGAUCCUUCAUAUAGGAUCAAAUAAACAACCUGUCAAACUGGACAGCCAAGGAAGUAAUGCUGACCACUCAGCUCCCCACUGCCAAUCUGGUGAAUUUGUGUUUUCAGAAAUCAUGCCCAAAAAUGGCCUACUGCACAACCAAACACUUGCAUGUCAGAAAGAAGAGGAGUGUUCAGAUGGCCCUGCCUUACCUGCCAGAGGAGAGCAAAGAGACAGAGAUCAUUCAGAGCACUCUCCGAUCAUGUCCACUAAGGAUGUUGAAGAAUCCAACACUGUGAUAUUGCGUGAGAACAAAUCGCUCGAUAGUCCAAAGGCUGCUGUUGUAGGGAAUGGUGAGAUAGUGAAAGAUGACCUACAGACCAGCAGCCAUGAGAGAGGAGAUCAAAAACGGGGAAAGACUGAUACCACUUCAUAUGAUCCUGAAAAAGAAAAGUACCACACUGAUAAAGUUUCUGCAGUGGAAACCAUCGCAACAGCUGAUUCUGAAAGCUCGAAAAGUUUGGGUUCUCAAAACGAUAAUGGAAGAGAAAAUUCACCAGAGCACAAUGACAGUGGUCAUAUUGCCCAAAAGGCAGCCACUCCCGCCACCACUCCAACCACUCCAGACUGGGAUCCAUCCUCUGAUGUGUCACUCGUCACCCCCACUGACUCAGUCCUGUCACCUAUGACUUCCAGCUCAGCUGACUGCCUCACACCUAGUGACUCAUGGACGGGAGGAGGAGUGGGAAGCGGCGGGUGGCGGGCUCUGGGAAAUGAAACGCCACAUCGAGACUCUGCCUAUUUCUCCGACAGCGACUGGGAAGGGGACGGGAUGAACAGGAGGAGCAGUGAUGGACUAAUUGCUUCCAGGCCAAGCAGCGGUCGAGGAGGCGAUCGGGGAAUACUGACAGGGAUUGAGGAAAAAACUGAGGAAGAGGGAGAGAUGGGAGAUAAGAGCCCUUUAAAAAACAGUAUACAGAUGUCAGAUAGCAAAACUGAAACUGCAGAAAUAACAACUAUCGAGAUAUGUGAGGAAAAGAUUUUCCCAUAUCAAAAUGCUCCUGAAAAUGACAUUUCUCAUUUAGGUGAUGAUAAAGAUAUUUUAAGCAAAGGGCUGGAGUCUACACAGAAAGACGAUUCGGGCAUUUUCCACAACGAGAGCAAAAAAUCAACACUGUUAGGCAGUCCCCAGGCCAAGGACUGUGUCGACUUAAUUGAUAAGUUGUUUUCAAAAUUAGAUGAUGAGCCACUGAAAGGGCUGCCACACAGUGGUGGGUAUCCGAUAGACAACCACUAUACAGAUGGCAUCAUUUCUCAGAUAACAGAUUGCAAAUACCAGGACUCUGCAGAGAAUGACUUAAAUCUACAUUCCAAGGGCCUCGCUGAGACAGAUAUUUUGAUCGAGUCUGUAUCUGGCAGUCAGUCAAAGGAUUGCAUGUUAAGACCCGGCAUCAAAGAAUACACAAGUGUUACAAAGAUAGAUAACGAUCUCUCUGCACUAAAUGCUCACCACUGUGCAAAUGACUCUCUGGAAUCUGUGGCAACAUCCCAAGUUGACAACAGAGAGUCCAGAUUAUCUAAAGUGUAUGGCGUUCAAACGAGCGAUGCCAGACAUAGCAAUGAUGAAAUCCCGUCAGUAGUCGAGCCAAGCGAUGGGAAAUUUGUAGCUGAUAAAGUGAGUGGUCUGACACGUCCCUCUUGGGCUGAGGAGGGUGUCGAAGAGCCUGAGAGGCCUGGCUUGGAGCUUCACCACACAGACCACAAUGAGCUGGGCCUGAGAAACCUGCGCUGCUCAGACGGCAGUGAGGACAAGAAGGCCGAAGUCACAACAGAAACAGAGAAACAGCUGGCUGCCACAGAGCUGAGUAACGCCAUGAAGGAGAAGUCGCCCCUGAGAGGAGCAGCGAGUAGGAUGGACAAUGUGGAUAAAGACUCCUGUGAGGGGCUGGAUUUGAAAACAAAAGAGUUGUGGAGCGCUAUGGAGGAGGAUGAAGAAAGAACGGGAUGCGCUGUGGUCAGGGGAGAGUUUGACUGCCACCGUUUCUCACAGUCGAGGGACCUUCACUUGUGGCCUGAUGAAAACGACCAGUGGGCCUCUCCAGAAAGGAGGUGCCAAGACCUUGAGCUGAGGUCUGAAUUUUUCUCUGGAUUCAAUAAUAAGGCGUGGGAGGUGGGGGAGCGGCUUGUAGUGGGCCAGGAGUUUUGGGAGACUGAAGAAAACGACGAACUUGCAGGAAGUGAACCUCACCCUGCUGUCUUGGAGGGCUGCGAAGAAACAUGGAACGAUGAGACCCAGGGACUGACUGGCAGUCUUGAUGUGAAGGAAAAGUGGGACUCUAAAGACAGCGAUAACCAACAGACUGUCCAAGUGGUCGGUGUACAACAGGAGGAAAAUAUUGAGAACCUUGGAGAAAUUGACAGUUUUAACAAAGACCUGAAAGGAGAAAUCUCAGAUAUUGAAGUAGAGAAUAUAGAAAUCCCAGCGCAAGAGACCUCGGAGCAAGGAAAGAAGCAGAUUUCGUCAUGCACAGAGACAGUCGGGCGCAGGGAAGGUGGGAUGGACUCUACAGAGACAGAGGAGAACCAAAAUUUUAACAGAUGGCCUCAGAAUCACCUCUCCGAGAUCCAAAAGGAGGAGCAGUCAUCGGCUGUUAAUGAAGAAACAGGCUCUAGUUUAGAGAACUACUUCAGUCACACUUUAGAGCAUAAGUGCGCAAAUAUAUCCAUUUGUAUCACCGAAGCUCCUCCUGUGGACCUUUCAGAUCUGGAAAAUGUUGAAUCAGGCUUAGAUUCAGAGACUGAAAUGAACCCAUGGAUUGCUAGGCAAUACAUAGACGAAAGAAUAAGUAUUAUGAAUGUAGAGGAGGAUUACAGAGACAUGCCACUUCCAUCUAAUCCUGUCUCUUGUCCCGGUGACCUUGAUGUCCAGGAGGAUGUAGAUCAGUCAUAUCCACAGGUAGAUAAUUUCAGCUCAGUAGAUUUCCCCAGUCCUCCACCAAGCAUAGACCUUGAUGUGCAAGAUGAUAAGCUGGAGAGUUUAGACGACUCUUUUCCUAGUCCACCACCAUCUGUUACAGAGUCAGAGGAGUUUAUUAGUCACAUUAAUCUGGAAGACUUUAUUGCAAGCAGUGAGACAGAGCCGCGUAUUUCCCCGACUCACAACACAGAUGCCUCAGAUCCACCUCUGCAAGAGUUGCCACCUGCUACAACUCAAAGUAAAGGGAUCUCGGCCAAUCUGAACCUCCCCUCUGUGCAUAUAACACUCCAUGAUGAGAGCGACCUCACAUCUGACACAGGAAGUCAGGAUGAACAAAACAACCUGGUCCAAAAAACAUCACCUGCCACCUCAUCCCCAACCCAAGAUCCUCUCAACGCUCUCCCAGAAUUGUUGAUUUCUGAGUGGAAAGAUUUGGAUGAGGAGCCCCUAGAGGAUUUUGAGAAACUCGAACAACUGUGCUGCAUAUCUGGGGACGAGGAGGACACUUUGGGACACCUUUUCUUGGGGAACCUAGAGCUCUUGGAGUCUUUGAAGAAAACGCCUGACCAGAAAGGCAGCAGUGCUGGUAUUAGUGACACAGGAGAGGAGACAUGUGGCUCCUCUACUCCCGAGGGGAGCAGAAUGGAUUUGAAGGAGGAUGGGAUCUCUGACAACUCUGAUAAGCUGGUGGAACUUGCACCACACCUGCUCCUGAAUUCCCAAGGCAAGCUGCCACCUCAAGAGGAGAGGAAUGAUGUGCUGAGGUCACUAGGCCAAACAUCUGAUGUCAAGGACCAUGGAUCUCUUUCCAAGAUGACAACUAAGAAUGGCCUCAUGAUGCAGGUGUGUGAGGAAAGGCUGCAGUUCUCCCUCAGUGAAAAUGUGAAAACAAACGUGCUUUGGGGAGCGACUGUUAAAGACACAGUGAUGCUUCGGCCCUGGGGAGAACAAAUUACAGAGAGCAGCAGGGAGCUGGUCACUGUGAAAGAACAAAAAGAGGAUGAAAGCAAAGCAAAGCAGGAAAGCGUCCUGAGCAUUCCGCCCCACACCGAGUCUGAUGAAACUAAAUCUGAGCCGCUCACUGUGAUUGAACCACCUGAGGUUACAACAACUCAACCGGCUGCAAACCAGGCAAUGAAAGCAAAACUCGCUCGCCUGUCUCUCGCCCUCCCUCCUCUUGCCCUGACUCUUCCCCUCACCCCCACUGGUAAAGGAGGAUUUGGGGACGGGGCGAUUGGAAGUCGGAUCGGGAGGCGGAGAGGUCUGUCCUCGGGAAGCGACCCUGAUGAUGAGGAAGAGGACGAACAGGAGGACGAAAGCUCCCGGAGGGUGAUUGUUGUCACCGAAACAGACGUGGACAAACGCGUCGGCCUGCGGAGUCUGCUGAAGUCACCUAAGGAACCGAUGGACAGAGAAAAGGACAGAGGAAGAAACGUGUCCUUUUUUGAUGAUGUCACCAUUUAUCUUUUUGAUCAGGAAACUCCAACUAAUGAGUUGAGCACUUCAGCACCCACCGGUCCAGCACCAGUGUCUGUCAAAAGCACCAAGUUGGAUUUGCACGGGCCGAAAAGCAAGGAAUCAAAAAGGAAAGAUAAUUUAUCAAUCAAACCAAGGUCGCCUGUGGGGGCCAAUCCAGUGACAUCAUCGCGCUUCACUGUCAGCCCUGCCGACGACCCCCACUUGGUGUGAUGUCACAUGUCAUCAUGGGAACCUUUAGAGCUGAACCCUCUGAGACUGGCCAGUGAAUUAACCCCAACAACCAGCCAUUCACCCAGAGGCUAUUUUUUUAUUGAAUAGGCAACUGAAAGAAUAAGACUCCCGUUCUAAAAGCUGGACACAUUCCAGGUUUUACCAGCGACAGGAUUUUGUAUGACAGGGGUUGUUGUGCUCCUGCCUGCCACUGUUUACAGAGUUUAUUCAUAGCCUUUGGCUACAAAAGUCUUUGGAAAAGGCAGCAUAUGCUAGGAGAAGAGGAGCCUGGAGCUUUGUAAAAUCUGAAACAGAUUUGACAGCUAUGCAGUGGGAGUCUUGCUGUGUACCAGCUUACCUUCUCUUUUUCUGCUUCAUUCUGUUGUAUUAUUCCCCAGAUGUGCGGGGAAUGCACUUUCUUUAGUCACUCAUCUGUCUAUGUAAACGCUUGGAUUCCAGUCCUCUCUUUAUUAAAAGGUUUUUCAUUGAAGUCAGUCAGUUGUUCUUGUAGGCAGCAGUUUGGAACAGAAUUUGCUUGACUCCUGUAUUUGAGAAUACUCAUUCGCAUUUGUACAAAUAUCAUAAUACAAGUGUAUACAAUAUCAUUUUAGAGCUGUUUACUUUUAGAUGUAUUCUUAGACUGCACGAAAAAUGAAACAAGCUACAUUUAUUUAUACUUUUAGUUCUAAAAGCUUUCUCUUACUUACUAUUAAUUUAUAUAUUUAUUGUUUUAUUUAUUUAUGUAAA